UCUAGUUUUGGAGGACCAUCAAUUUCCAUGGCCUCGUUGGUUUUUCUGUCCAUUUUGUGGUUCCUGCAUGCCCAGUUGGGGCAAUGCAACCCCAUACCCUCUCCAGAGAGGCACCGUCCGGCUCCGGUCUUUGAUGAUGGACACGGUGGUGUUGUGGAUCCCUCUCUUCUGGAGCAGCAGGAUGACGAGGUAGACGUGAAGAACCUUCUGGAAACCUUUCGGAGCCAGUUCCUACGCACUUUCAAUCUGUCGGGACUGGGGCCCCAGUUACAGCCCGGGGCUGCCCGUGUAGAACCCCCAGAGUAUAUGAUGGAGCUGUACAACCGAUUUGCAAACGAUCGCACAGCCAUGCCAACCGCCAACAUUGUACGAAGCUUCAAAAACGAAGAUUCUUCUCACUCUACUGUGGGCAAAGGGGGUGUGAGGCGACACCCUUUACUUUUCAACGUAACCAUCCCACAUCAUGAACGAGUGACAGCUGCUGAACUCCGCCUGUACACACUCGUUCAGACUGAUCUCAACCUCUACGCUGGCGUUGACCGCAAGGUAACAGUGUUUGAGGUUGAACAGUGUGAUGACAUCAAUUGUCAGAAGAAAAGGGGAGAUGAUAUUGGAGACGGAGGAGGAGAGGAGGACGGAGAUACACGAUUGGUAGAGCUGGCAUCUCGCCAGGUUUAUGGCACUGACAAUGGCUGGGAAUCGUUUGACAUGACCGCUGCGGUUCACCGAUGGUGCAAGUCAGGCUAUAGCUCCACCCAUAGGCUGGAGGUCCACAUUGCAAGCUUGAACUCUGAGGGCACAGCUCGAGAGCCAGGGUCAGACCCCAAGGCCGGAGAUCACACCCCAGAAGGUGACAUGGAGAUAGACACCAGCCCUGAGGAGAAGCACAUGCCUUUAAUAAUCGUGUUCUCCGACGAUCAGAGCAGCGACCAACGUGGCGAUAAACGUGAGCUUAACGAGAUGAUCGAGCAUGAGACUCCAAGACAGGGUAUUCAGGAAAACCUCAGUCUUGAGACAAUGGGGCUCUGGCAUGUCCAAGGGCAUGAGGAGGAGGAGGAGCAUGACGAAGAAGUACUUCUUCAGAUGCGUUCCAACCUCAUUUAUGACACGGCAUCACGAAUUCGUCGAAACGCCAAAGGGAAUCAGUGCAAGAAGAACUCUCUCUACGUAGAGUUCAAGGACAUCGGCUGGGACAGCUGGAUUUUAGCGCCCACUGGAUAUGAAGCUUAUGAAUGCACCGGGAUAUGCUCCUACCCUCUGACCAAACAUGUUACUCCAACGAAACACGCUAUUGUUCAAACUCUUGUCAGCCUGAAGAGCCCACAAAGGGUUUCCAGUGCUUGUUGUGUCCCUACCAAACUGGACCCUAUAUCCCUCCUGUACUUAGAUGACACAGGCGUGGUGACUUACAAAUACAAGUUUGAGGGUAUGGUAGUAGCAGAAUGUGGCUGCAGAUAGUACAGAAUGAGAAAUUUUGGCCAUCAAGAGAGGAGGACUGGGAUUUUAUGAAACAUCUUUCUGAAUGACAGACUUAAGUGAAAGCAAGAAUGCUACGUUUCCAGCAAACCAUGAUAAAAGGACUGUCACAGACUUCAUCAUCAAUAGGAUAUUGCAAAACUGAUCUGCAGAGGUUCCUGUAGUGGACUGUAUUAUGUGUUGAGGAGAAAUGAUGAGGAAAAUUUAGUUUGAGGAUGAUCUUCAUGCUACAUUGCUUGUUUUUAUAGUCUUGCACUGUCUUGGACUUUGAGAAGUUGUAAA